ACCAAAAACAACAACAACGCUGCGAUGCCUCUGUUCGGCAAGUCCCAAAAAAAUCCUGCCGAGCUUGUCAAAGCUCUGCGGGAUUCAGUUCAAGCUUUGGAAGCCGGAGAUCGCAAAGCCGAAAAGGCUCAGGAGGAUGUCAGCAAGAAUCUUAACCAAAUGAAGACAAUGCUCUACGGCUCACCUGAACAAGAGCCUCAGACUGAUAUGGUCAUCUCGCAGCUUGCCCAGGAAUUAUACAAUUCGAACCUACUGCUCUCACUAAUCGAGAGUCUCCAAAAGAUCGAUUUCGAAGGCAAAAAAGAUGUCGCCUUGAUCUUCAACAAUAUCCUGAGAAGACAGAUCGGACAGAGAUUUCCCACAGUGGAGUACAUUCUCGUGAAGCCACAGAUCCUGUUCAUCCUGAUCGGAGGAUACGAAAAGCAGGACAUUGCGCUAAACUGCGGCGGAAUGCUGCGGGAGUGCGCCAGGCACGAGAGUCUCGCCAAAGUUAUUUUGUAUUCCGAAGAUUUUUAUAAAUUCUUUAGCUAUAUCGAGUCUUCGUCGUUCGACAUCGCAUCAGAUGCUUUCUCAACGUUUAAGGAGCUGCUGACACGUCACAAGGUUUUGUCGGCCGAGUUUUUGGAAACGAGUUAUGAACAGGUUUUCUCGCAUUACCAAGCCCUGUUGAAUAGCGACAACUACGUAACGAAGCGACAGUCUCUGAAACUGCUGGGCGAGCUCCUCCUGGACCGGCACAACUUCAACAUCAUGACCAAGUAUAUCUCGUCGGCGGAUAACCUGAAGUUGAUGAUGAUGAUGCUCAGAGAUCGCUCUCGCAACAUUCAGUUCGAAGCCUUUCAUGUGUUCAAGGUGUUUGUUGCCAACCCAAACAAACCUCGACCUAUUCUCGAUAUCCUUCUCCGGAAUAGGGACAAGCUCGUCGAUUUCUUGACAAGAUUCCACACGGAUCGCGCCGACGACGAGCAGUUCAAUGAUGAGAAGGCCUAUCUUAUCCGGCAGAUCCGGGAGCUCAAACCCAUCACAGAUUCGCCCCAAAGCACGCCUCAGCAUUCGGCAAACCCGCCUCCCCAGUGAGAGGUUCCAGCGCACUAAUUCUCCCGGAACGGGAAAUCGCUCGAUAGAAGAGAUCAGCGACGCGGACGGACACAAUCGCUCGAAAUCGUAACGACUCGACUGUCGCCACAUUCUUUCCGCCAAUCAACUGCCAAUGCGGGAGCUAUUGCUGCAGCAAAAAACCAAGGAUACAGAUUCCAAUGCAACCCACACGACGAGCGGCUUUUCCGAAGGACGAGCAGGAUGACGACAAGAACAAACAAGGAAA